AUGCGGCAGCUGGUGAGACAGCUCCUCCUCCACAAGGACCACCUGAGGUGCCAGAUCAACCGUUUUUUGGAGAACUCGGUGAGGACAAGAAAGGAACCUAUUUGGCUCCUGGAGGACAAGGAGUAUUUUCCAACGGAGGAUUCGGUGUACAGUGGCAAAAUCCGUAUGGCGCAGCUGGAGAACCCUUCCCUGGAGGACGAGGAGGAAUUCCGUUCCAAGGACCUGAAGGACCGUUUCCAGCUGCCGAGGAGGGUAUCCGUUCCGAGGACCAGACCUUACGCCGGAGGACAAGGAGGAUAUUCGUCCCAAGGAUCCAGAGGACAAUUUCCUGGAGGACGAAGGGGAUAUCCGUUUGCACAAGGAGGGUAUUCAUUCCAAGGACGUGGAGGACAUUCCUCCGAAGGACAAAGAGGAUAUCCAUUUGAAGGACCUAAAUUACCAUUCCCUGGAGGACGAGGAGGAUAUUCGUUUGGAGGACCUGAAGGAUUUCCUCAUGUUGGAUCUGGAGGACCUCCUUUUGCAGGGCCUGGUGGAUGGCUCUGA